AUGACCUCAAAAUUAUCCACCAUUAGACUUCUGAGUUUCUGCUACUUCUUGCUCUUCAGCUUUAUGCAUUUCAGCAGCUGCACUGUGAUAUCAUUGACAAGUCAUGCAAGCACAUGCAAUGGCUCCAUAUCUGAAUGCAAUCAAGAAGAUGAGCUAUUGAUGGAGUCCGAAAUAAGCAGAAGGUUUCUGGAGCAGAAGAGAUACAUUUCUAAUGGAGCUUUACAGAGAGACAAGCCAGUUUGUAAUGGUGGUGGCUCUGGUGAGGCUUAUAGUAAAACUGGAGGGUGUCUUCCUCCUCCCUCAAAUCCUCAAAAUAGAGGCUGCUCUAAAUAUUAUCGUUGUAGGUCUGACUCUUGA